AUUGUUUUUCGAUUCUUGUGUCAUUAUAAUCAAAAGGAACAACAUCAUUAUUAAUAAUAAUCGAAGACGUCCAUUCACUAAUUUGCGAGUUGAGUUGCGUAUUCAGAUUCAAAAUCCUUAAAUAAUCAAAAUGACCAACGCUCCUGCAGUAUCUGGCUCUGCUCCCGUCAUGCGCGGCUUGCACAACAUGCAAACUAAACGUGGUUUGAUGAUUGCUAUCGGCUUGACCACAGUCAUCACCACUGCCUUUAAGUUCUUGGUCAACGAUCCCAAGAAAGCAGCCUAUGCAGAAUUCUACAAGAACUACGAUGCCCAGAAGUCGUUUGAGCGCAUGAAGGCCAAUGGUCGUUUCCAAUCUUGUUAGGCGAUGGUGUGUGGCUGUAACGCAUUUAGCCGAAUUGCUAGUUUUUUUUAGCUUUAAACAGAAUGAAGAUACAAAAUAAAACGAGAUAUCUGUGAAAACUUA